UCUCUAAUUUAGUAUUUAUAAUCGGAACCAUUCUCAAUUUCUACAAAACUUUCGGUGAUAUCAGUGAGUUAAAUACUAUAAAUCGUGUUAGCAUUAUGUCAACUACACAUAGACAACGUUAUAAAAAUGCUGCAUUGGAUUCGUCUGAAAUGCGCCGAAGACGUGAAGAGGAAGGAGUCCAAAUCAGAAAACAGAAACGAGAACAACAAUUAAUAAAAAGACGCAAUGUUGUUUUGGAUAUACCCCAAUCUGGUUUGGAUAUUGGAGCUGAAGAGAUUGAAGUGAAUCGCAAUUCCGACCCCUUUUCGGAAGAACAAAUGAAUCACAAAAAUCAACUAACAAUUUCGAGGACACUUUCCGAUCAAAAUAAGCCGGCGAUUAAUAUUAUAAAAAAACAGAUGAUAGAACUAUUGUUUAGUGAGAAUGAAACAGAGCAACUAGAAGCCACUCAAAAGUUCCGCAAGCUAUUAUCUCGCGAUCCAAAUCCGCCGAUAGAAGAAGUCAUCCAAAAAGGGAUAGUUCCUCGAUUUGUAUUCUUUCUCAAGAAUAAUUCAAACGCAUCGUUGCAAUUCGAAGCUGCUUGGACAUUGACUAAUAUUGCCUCAGGGACGUCACAGCAAACUAAAAUUGUAAUUGAUGCGGGCGCCGUUCCCGUUUUCAUUGACCUAUUAUCGAGUAAUAAUGACGAUGUUCAAGAACAAGCAGUUUGGGCUCUGGGAAAUAUAGCUGGUGAUUCGCCAAGUUGUCGUGACUACCUACUGAACUCGGGAAUACUUCAACCAUUGUUACAUGUACUGAGUACCACUAAUCGACUGACUCUGAUAAGGAAUGCUGUUUGGACUCUUUCGAAUUUGUGUCGCGGUAAAAAUCCCCCUGCAGACUUUUCGAAAAUUGUAAAUGGUCUACCCAUCCUAGCACGACUUUUAAACCAUACAGAUCCCGAUAUACUAAGUGAUUCAUGCUGGGCUAUCAGCUAUUUGUCCGAUGGGCCAAAUGAUAAGGUACAAGCUGUUAUAGAUGCGGGAGUGUGCCGACGCCUUGUGGAGCUUUUGAUGCAUCCACAGAACAACGUAGUUACAGCGGCGCUUCGAGCAGUUGGUAACAUCGUAACGGGAGAUGAUGUUCAAACGCAAGUGAUUUUGAACUGCAAUGCUUUGUCAUGUAUAAAUAUUUUAUUGAGUUCGCAAUUUGAAACCAUUAAAAAAGAAUCGUGCUGGACUAUUUCUAACGUUGCAGCGGGUAAUAGACAACAAAUUCAGGCUGUGAUUGACGCCAAUAUUUUCCCUGUACUUAUAAGCAUAAUGCAAAAUGCCGAUUUCAAAACUAAAAAGGAAGCAGCCUGGGCAAUAACAAAUGCUACUAGCAGUGGAACAGCAGAGCAGAUAAGAUAUUUGGUAAGUAUAUCUAAUUCUGCACCCACGUUCCUAAACAAAUUUCUAAGAACCCGAGUAUUUCCGUUUUUACAUAAAUUAAGUCAUUACAUUAGAAGAAGGAGGGCUUAAUGGGACGAUUAUCGAUAGCAAUCGAACUUCAGUUGCGUUGCUAGUUGCCAAAACGAUAUUACGCAUGGCAACUGGCACCUUUCAACUGA